AUGACGGAACGAUCUGGCGAGGAGGGACAGGAACACCGAGCCUCUUGUACUUUGCCAGGACUGAUUGCGCCGAGAUUGCGCACAGGUCCGCUGUUGUGUGAUGGACGACUGACACACCUCCUCUUUCCUCUCCUCCUCCUAUUACGGGCUCCCCUGUUAUUCAGCUUUGGUGAGCGCACCUGCCCCAAUAGCUGCCGAUGUGAGGGGAAAACCGUCCAUUGUGAUUCAUCUGGCUUCUUAGAUGUCCCAGAAAACAUCUCAAUAGGCUGUCAGGGCCUCUCCCUGCGCUACAAUGAACUGCACACCCUGCUACCGUAUCAGUUCGCUCACCUCAGCCAGCUUCUCUGGAUAUAUUUGGACCACAAUCAGAUUUCAGCUGUUGACAGUCGAGCAUUCCAGGGGGUCCGCAGGCUUAAAGAGCUAAUACUGAGCUCCAACAGGAUCACAUCCCUGCACAACUCAACAUUCCAUGGAAUCCCCAAUCUUCGCAGUCUGGACUUGUCUUACAACAAACUGGAAAUCCUGCAGCCAGGUCAAUUCCAUGGCUUACGAAAACUGCAAAACCUGCAUUUACGCUCAAAUGGUCUCUCUAACAUCCCGAUUCGAGCAUUUCUAGAGUGCCGAAGUUUAGAGUUUCUUGAUUUGGGAUACAAUCGAAUAAAGGCUCUGACCCGCACCACCUUUUUGGGCUUACAGAAGCUGAUGGAAUUGCAUCUGGAGCACAACCAGUUCUCACGGAUCAACUUUUUUCUGUUUCCACGCUUAGCCAACCUGAGGUCGCUGUAUCUUCAGUGGAACCGUAUUAGGGUGGUUAACCAGGGCCUUCCAUGGACUUGGUAUACACUGCAGAAACUUGAUCUGUCGGGAAAUGAAAUCCAGACCUUGGACCCAGCUGUAUUUCACUGUUUGCCCAACCUUCAAGUCCUCAACCUGGAAUCCAACAAACUGUCCAAUGUGUCACAGGAGGCGGUGUCAGCAUGGAUCUCACUGACCUCCAUCAGCCUUGCUGGGAACAUGUGGGAUUGUGGGACUGGCAUAUGUCCCCUUGUGGCUUGGUUGAGGAAUUUUCGGGGCAGUAAAGACACCACUAUGAUAUGCAGCAGCCCAAAAUAUCUCCAGGGAGAAAAAAUAAUGGAAGCCACAAGGAGCCAUGGUAUUUGCGAGGAAACCGAUUAUGUUCUGACUGAAACACCCUCACCAAUGUCAGAUCUCAUUUCUGAGGCAACAGCUGAACCAACCUUUGCUCCUACUAGCGGUUCUCCACCUAUGCCACCAAGCAGCACCUUUGGUCCUCCCCCACCAUUCAGACCUCGACCUAUUCCUCAUCCUACAUUUCCAGGGCAUAUGAGCAAGGAUCCCAGAGACUCAGUUGCUCGCACUCGACCCACUCCCAUACCACCCCCAGAGAUGGAGCACAUGACUCUGCACAAAGUGGUGGUGGGCAGUGUGGCACUCUUCUUCACCAUGUCCCUAAUCUUGACAAUUCUCUAUGUGUUGUGGCGGCGCUACCCUGGUGCAACCAGGUUGCUGCAGCAGCAAUCCAUGGUGGGGCGGAAGCGUCGCAAAAAGAGUCCAGAGCCAGAGCAGAACCUGAGCUCCCAGCUCCAAGAGUAUUACAUGAGCUACAACCCUGCUGCCACACCAGAAGCAUUGGAGGUGCUAGGCAAUGGCACUGGUUCCUGCACUUGCACAAUUUCUGGCUCCAGGGAGUGUGAGAAUGAGUACACGUGUCCACGCCCCCUACCUGGUGCCUGGCUGGGAGAUGUGCCUACCAUCCAUUAA